CUUUUCUGGCGAAUGAAUGGCGGGUAGGAGGAUGUUAUUUUCUCGUUCCUCCCAGCUGGUCUGAAAGAGCCUUCUGCAGUUGAACUUUCAAAGGGGGAGGUCGGGAGAGUUAGGUAAUACCGAAGGAAAAAGACAUUCAAAAUUAUCCAUUUCACCAUGGCAACCUCAAUCAUGAGGUGUGUUUGGAAGAAUAGGGUACCUGUACAAGUGGGACGGAUGUGCUACUCCUCCUCAGUGCCUACAACCAAGCUGUUUAUUGAUGGAAAGUUUGUUGAAUCCAAGAGCUCAGAGUGGAUUGACAUCCACAACCCGGCCACCAAUGAAGUUAUCGGGCGUGUUCCAAAGGCAACCCAGGAGGAGAUGCUGGCCGCCGUGCAGUCCUGUAAAACAGCCUUCCAGAGCUGGUCUGGGACCUCCAUCCUGAGCCGGCAGCAGGUCUUCCUCCGAUACCAGCAGCUGAUCAAGGACAACCUGAAAGAAAUAGCCAAGAUAAUCACCCGGGAGCAGGGGAAGACCCUGGCAGAUGCAGAAGGAGACGUGUUCCGAGGACUGCAGGUGGUCGAGCACACCUGCAGCAUUACGUCUCUAAUGCUGGGGGAGACUCUGCCCUCCAUCACCAAGGACAUGGACUCCUACACCUACCGGCUCCCCCUGGGGGUGUGUGCCGGCAUCGCACCCUUCAACUUCCCAGCCAUGAUCCCGCUCUGGAUGUACCCGAUGGGCUUGGUGUGUGGAAACACCUACCUGAUGAAGCCCUCGGAGCGAGUGCCUGGGGCCACCAUGCUGCUCGCCAAGCUGCUGCAGGACUCGGGCGCCCCCGAUGGCACUCUGAACAUUAUUCACGGGCAACAUGAUGCUGUGAAUUUUAUCUGUGAUCAUCCUGCUAUCAAGGCCAUCAGCUUUGUGGGAUCAAACCAGGCUGGGGAGUACAUCUACGAGAGAGGGUCCAAGAAUGGCAAGAGGGUGCAGUCCAACAUGGGAGCCAAGAACCACGGAGUAGUGAUGCCCGAUGCUAACAAGGAGAACACGCUGAACCAGCUUGUGGGGGCAGCGUUCGGAGCUGCAGGCCAGCGCUGCAUGGCCCUCUCCACAGCAAUCCUAGUGGGGGAGGCAAAGAAGUGGCUGCCAGAGCUGGUGGACAAGUCCAAAAAACUCAAAGUCAAUGCAGGUGACCAGCCAGGGGCAGACGUGGGUCCCCUGAUCUCCCCGCAGGCCAGAAACCGCGUGACCGAGCUCAUCCAGAGCGGAGUGGACGAGGGCGCAUCCCUGCUCCUGGACGGCAGGAGCGUGCAGGUGAAGGGCUAUGAAAGUGGCAACUUUGUGGGACCCACCAUUCUGGCUAACGUCAAGCCUCACAUGAAGUGCUACACUGAGGAGAUCUUUGGGCCGGUGCUGGUAGUUCUAGAGGCAGACAGUCUUGACGAAGCCAUCGACAUAGUGAACAAUAACCGCUAUGGCAAUGGAACAGCCAUCUUCACCACCAAUGGAGCUACAGCACGCAAGUACACACAUGGAGUCGACGUUGGGCAGAUUGGUGUCAAUGUACCUAUUCCCGUCCCUCUGCCCAUGUUCUCUUUCACUGGCUCUCGAGACUCGUUCAGAGGAGAUACCAACUUUUAUGGGAAACAGGGAAUUCAGUUUUACACCCAGAUCAAGACUGUCACAUCCCAGUGGAAGGAGGAAGAUUCCACUUUGGGAAGCCCUGCUGUUGUUAUGCCCACCAUGGGACGCUAAGCACAGCUGCUACGAGAGGAUCCCCCUGCCAGACAGACACAAACACGCAUAAUACGGCCAUAGAAUCGCUGGAGGAAGAAAAUCGCAAGAAAACAAAACAAAUGAGCCUUAAUGUCGAGAUUGUAUCAAGAGGUGAUCAUGAUUGUUUAGGGGUUUGAUCCAUCCGUGUAAAGUUCAGUGUUCAAUGUAACAUCUGGGCCUGUUUUCAGUGGGGGGCGGACUGUGUUUGGUGCUUAUCUGUGAUUGUAGUAUGUAUUGAAGUUGUGAAAUCACCUCGACAUUUAGACACAUAUUGAACUCAAAGCGAGGACACAUGGAUUCUGUAACGCAAUGAAAACAAAUCUGUUUCAUACUUGUUUUAAGUCAGGAUGAUUAUACAGUAGCCCUUGCUCGUAGAAUGCAUUUGGCUUGCGGACUUGAGCCAAUGAAGAACUUUCACUGAAUAGCAUGUAUACAGUUGCUUCCUAGUAACAGUUUUGUUUGAUUAACUAGCACCCUUGGAUAAUAUAAAAUGAUAAACCUUUAUUAAAGUAAUUUAGUUCUACUUUUCACACUCUAUUAAACAAAUGAAAGAAUUACAGUAUGCUAUUGUUUCUCAGGGUGGGUCUUUACGGGUCAUUGCACUAGAACCCAAGACAUUGGGUGGAUCAUUACUAAGCUACAUUACAGAAAAGUUAUUGCCCUGUUUCAUAGUCUGUUUGCUUUAAAUCUCGCAUCAUAUGGGAGUUUAAUUGCACUUGGGUUUGGUUUUAAACUGCAAAAAGCUAAUCUGUGAAAGACAUAAUAAAGUCCAGCAGCAUUAGGUAUUGUGAUUUGUCCUCAAGCCAAGCACUUGCACAGCUCAUCUGUUUUGUAAAUGUUUUUUUCUUCCUAUAACAUUUUUAUUUUGCACAGUGAGAAAUAGCGACACUAUCCCACACUUUAAACAAAUGGUUUGUUUGUUGCACAGGUUUUGGUCCCCAGAAUAUUGCAAUACUUCUGACCAAAAAUAAAAUUGAUUUCUAAAAAUAAAAA